AUGGAACUCCCCCACCCAUCUGCUCUGUUCUCAGGCUCGCACCUGGACGUCCCCUUUGUGGUGCUGAGCCUGGCCUACGUCGCAACUUGCUUUAUCCAUCUGGGUUUAUGUGCGUCCGACUACCUGUGUCCCACAGUUGCGACAUUAACUCGAGCCCGCUCGUCUGCCCGCUCGCGAGGUAUCCUGGCUGCUGUGCUGCUGGCCUGGUGCAAUUCUUCACCAGACCUCGUUACCAACUUCAUGAGCUGGACCUCAUCGCACACCCCAGCGUUGUCGGUGGGAGAGGUUCUUGGCUCUAGUGGGUUUAUCCUAUGCGUUGUGCAAGGUGCUUUAUUCGUGGUAAUGGGCCCAGUGCGGCCCCGAUUGGAUGCCAACCACGCCCGACACAUAUUCCAAGACCUAAGCUUCGUACUGGUCGCCGUGCUCACAAUGCUUUAUGUGAGUCUGCGCAACGAAAUUACUCUACUGAACUGUGCACUGAUGCUGGCAUUGUAUGCGGGCUACAUCGCUUCCAAAACGAGUGCCACAACGGAAUCGCCCGGUGAGGAACCCUCGCUCGAGCUGAGCGAAACCAACGACUACGACCCUGCACCGAAAUUCAGCGUUCUUAGCGCUUUGGACUACACCGCGCUGUACGCUGUGAUGCAACAGUCGUCACCUCUGGGCGACGACGCCAUUACAAUGCAAACGCUUGACUCGCGCGGGUUGGACGCUCAAUUCGUGGCUCCCAGGCCCUUGACCGUGCCCACAACCCAAAACUUUAACAAUUCCCUCAACAAUGAUCGUCCUGUCGUUCAUUCGUCACCAUCAGCAUUUGCACCGUACCAUGACGACAACGAGGACUUGCCAGAUGCCAUCAACGACGUUGAGCUUCCAAUCGCUUACGAACAUACCUUACACUCAAGACUGCUACGAUUAAAAAAUGGUGCACUGUUCGUACUGGCCCCGCAACUUCUCAACUUCACGACCAAAUCUGUUCCUGCCAGGCUCUUGGCUAUUACAAUGGUGCCCUCUACAAUAAUUCUGCGACUGACUUGUCCCCAGUUCCAAGACCUGCUACAACGCAGCGAGGAUCCCGGUGACAAGGCCGUGCUGGAGCCCAAAAAUCUCAUACUGAUGUUGACCCACUCUGUGUGCGCUCCGGGAUGCGCUCUGAUGCUUCUGGCAAUUUUGCUCAAUUCCCACAUCGCUUGGCCAUACAUACUGGUGUCUGUCGUCGCAGCUACGAGCUUGCUGACAUCUACAAUUGCAUUCCGUUGGCAAAUUCUACAAGUGAACCGGUUCUCACUCAACGACACUGAAAUUCACGAUGACAGAGCUGCAAUGCGACUCGACGUUCUGGAACGGUAUGUGAUGACGUUGUUCAACGCAGUGGGAAUCAUCAAUUGCGUGCUGUGGAUAGCAGUUUUCGCAAACGCGCUGAUUGAGGUGAUGAUAAUCUACCAGCGACUCACCAAUAUCUCAGAAGCUGUACUGGGUCUUACAAUAUUCUCAUGGGGCAAUAGCGUCAGCGACCUAGUGUCAAACGUCGCAAUGUGCAAAUUGCAUCUCAAAAUUGAUUCUCCGCCUAACCAGGACGAGCGAGCUCAACUGGCAUCCCGGUACUUUUUCAUCGCCCUCAGUGCAUGUUUAGGAGGCAUUCUGCUGAAUAUACUCAUCGGGGUGGGCCUCAGUGGGUUCACUUCCAUGCUGAUAAAUGCAAAUGGUGUCAAUUCUAAUAAAUUUUGGCUCUUCCGGUCCGUGUCUCUGAAAACCACUUCGAUUGAUUACAAGUUCGUCAUCUCGGCGGUAUUUAUUCUAGUACAAGACGUCCUACUGCUGGUUGUCUUCUCGGGUAUCCCGGUGGUGACGGAUUUUGUGACGCAGUAUUCGAAAUACGUUGGAAUAUUUUUAUGCUUUUGGUGGGGUCUUGCCACGCUAACCAAUGUGAUUAUUGAAACGGCAGCAUGA